GUCACGGCGCCCAGAGCGAGGCUGGGGUAGAGAGGCCGACUGAGCUGGAGUCGUCCGCUGGUCGUGGAGGCUGCUAGCGAGCCGGCGAGAGGGUGAUCGGGCCAGCAGACGAGCGAGCUAGAGCAGGCAGGAGGGAGCGUCGCGCGGCGCAGAGUAGCGCCGGGGCCGGGCCGCCGCGGAACCCACAGCCGGAGAGGGACAGCCGGAGCCGGGCGCCGCGGGGUCCCCACCCCCACUCGGCCGGACAGCGCCGGGUGUUCCCCGUGCGGGGGGCGGCGGCUGACUGGACCGGACAGGACCCAGAGGGUGUUGCCACCUCUGCCGAGGAGCCAGCGCGGCCGUGGGCUCCUCAGAGCCGGGGCCCGGGGCCCGUGACAGACCAGCGGAGGAAGGGAGAAAAGGCAGCCGCGGCGGCGCAGGCGACGGGGAGGCAGCGGCGACACCAUGUCAUCCCCCAGUCCGGGCAAGAGGCGGAUGGACACAGACGUGGUCAAGCUCAUUGAGAGUAAGCACGAGGUUACGAUCCUGGGAGGACUCAAUGAAUUUGUAGUGAAGUUUUACGGACCACAAGGAACACCGUAUGAAGGAGGGGUAUGGAAAGUUAGAGUGGAUCUUCCUGAUAAAUACCCUUUCAAAUCUCCGUCUAUAGGAUUCAUGAAUAAAAUUUUCCAUCCCAACAUUGAUGAAGCGUCAGGAACUGUGUGUCUAGAUGUAAUUAAUCAAACUUGGACAGCUCUCUAUGAUCUUACCAAUAUAUUUGAGUCCUUCCUGCCCCAGUUGUUGGCCUACCCCAACCCCAUAGAUCCUCUCAAUGGUGACGCCGCAGCCAUGUACCUCCACCGACCAGAAGAAUACAAGCAGAAAAUUAAAGGCCUAAAAAGAGACAGCCUCUGUAGUUCCAAGGGUCAGAGAUAACCUUGGGAAGGCUGGAGGCCCCAGCAAGGAAGACGGGAAGGAGAAAGACUGAAAGGCAAGAGGAGAAAGUAGACGGUAGUAGAUGGGACCCUGCCCACACCUGUCCACAAGAACCUUUGCUGCCCUGCGUUUCCUCUUGUAAAAUCAGAAAAUUGGACUUGCGAAUAAAGUAUUAAUUGGAAGGUAUAAUCUCACAUUUGUUUAUAGACAGUAUCAUCCUGGCCCUUCAGGAAAGCAGUUAAUUUUGGGGGUUGGGGAAAAACAACCAAACUCAUCAGACUUUUUAAAAAUAAUUUUUAUCAUUUUACCUGUUGAAUUUUUAAAAACAAACAAAAACAACCA